AUGCACUGUAUUAUUAAAAUGAAACAGUUGACCCACUGUUUCAUAGCUCCAUGUUGCAGGAAAAUGCUGUCAUCAUUAGUUAUGUUUCUCUCUCUGUCCUGCUUCCUUCAAUUUCAUAACUACCCCUGUUAUGAUACAUUUCUGCUGCAAAAUUUGUUUAUAUGGUAUUGGCUGAACUUUACGAAAGAAGCAAAAAAAUCAUGCUGAAUAACCCAGAACAAAUUAUCAUAAAUGGAGAAUCUGAAGAUAUGAUAGAAGGUAGACUGGAAGAACCACAAGCUUCUAUAUCCAAUAAUUCACCAUUGCAGAAUGGCAGGCCAAGCAGCAUGGUUUUCAAGAAAGCACAUAGGGUAAUUCCAGCUCACUUGAUAGCUGAAGCCAUAUCAACCCUCAGAGGCCUUGACCUGAGAUGGUCAGGACCAAUAACUCCUAGUGAAAUGGAGUAUGUUAGGCAGUACGUGUUCACCAAGUACCCUCAAUAUUGCAAUGGAAUUGUGGAAGAGGGAGACACAGUUGAUUUUACCAAUCUCUCUAUAAACGAGGAAUCAUCAGACUCUACUCGGGAUGAGAAGCGCAACAAUUCCCCCAAGAAUCUUGCCUCUAAGGAGUCUUCUUCUUCUCCUCCAUACACUCGUAGCCUCUCUGAUCUUGACAAAACGCAAUUGGAGGCAUCAAGACUUCUAGAUAUCCUUUCCAAGAAAACUUCAUUCCAAGGGAAUUUCAUUUCAAUCCCAGAAAUCCAAGCUCAAAAUCGAGCCCUGAAACACACUGGUCUUACUGAAGAUGACUACUUGGUUAUUUUCAUGCCAAGCUAUAGGGACGCUAUGGUGAUGAUUGGAGAGAGCUACCCUUUCUUUAAGGGCAACUACUACAUGACAAUUCUUGGUGAAGAAGUCGACACCAUCAGGGAAUUUGCAACUCAUAAAGAAUCAAAGGUUAUUCCUAUGCCAGAGACUUGGUUGGACUUGAGGAUCAAAGGGUCACAGCUUAGCCAAUACUUCAGAAGGAAGUGCAAGUAUACACCAAAAGGGCUUUUCUCUUAUCCAGUAGUUGUGAAUGAGAGUAGAUACUCUAUGCAUUGGAUUUCAGAGGCACAUAGAAAUUCCUGGCACGUUCUUCUUGAUGCUACAGGCUUGGCUUUUGGGGAGGAUCGGCUGGCCCUUGCACUCUAUCGGCCAGACUUUGUGCUGUGUACACUUGAUAAUACGCAUGGUCAGCCUUCAAAAAUCACCUGCCUAUUGGUCAGGAAAUUAUCAUUUGAUACCUCGGCAGCUUUGACCUAGAUUCUUAAGAGGAAAAUUGCCAGUAAUAAGGAUCUGGAUGAAGUUUACCCUUUUUUUUCCAUAAAAUUGUGAAAUUUUAAGUUGGAAUUUAGAUUAAUUAAGAAAAGUUCUAUUUUCUUUUC